UUGUUUUUUGUUAGUAAUGUUGCGUUUCCGUUCUAUUUGCCGCUCUUGCAUUUUGCAAUUUUUUUUAGUUUUUUUUGUAGAUGACUCUGCUAUCUGCGUUUCGUUUUGUGCUGUUGCUAUGAAGCCUGGGAUCUCCCACUCGCACUCACCUUUGCUGUGAACUUAAGUGCCUUUUGUUUUCCUGCAGGACUGCAGCAGCAGCAGCAGCAACACCGGCUGCAGCAACAACACCGGCUGCAGCAACAACACCGGCAGCAGCAGCAACACCGGCAGCAGCAGCAACACCGGCAGCAGCAGCAGCACUGGCAGCAGCAGCAGCACAGGCGUCACUAGCAGAGGGAUGACGCACGGCAGGGGCAGUCACAGUGCUGUGACUGCCCUGUGGAAUGCCCUGCUGAGGAGCAGCACCAGCAGAGGAGCAGCAGCAGUGGGAUGACGCACGGCAGGGGCAGUCACAGUGCUGUGACUGCCCUGUGGAAUGCCCUGCUGAGGAGCAGCACCAGCAGAGGAGCAGCAGCAGUGGGAUGACGCACGGCAGGGGCAGUCACAGUGCUGUGACUGCCCUGUGGAAUGCCCUGCUGAGGAGCAGCACCAGCAGAGGAGCAGCAGCAGUGGGAUGACGCACGGCAGGGGCAGUCACAGUGCUGUGACUGCCCUGUGGAAUGCCCUGCUGAGGAGCAGCACCAGCAGAGGAGCAGCAGCAGUGGGAUGACGCACGGCAGGGGCAGUCACAGUGCUGUGACUGCCCUGUGGAAUGCCCUGCUGAGGAGCAGCACCAG